AAAAAAACAACAGCUCAGCCAAACGCGCGUGUCGCCCUAAAGCAAACACGGGUUCUGUCCUUUAGUCAUGAAUCCAGUACUUUACCUUUGGUUUUUACUACUUGCUUCAGACACAUUUGCCUACAAUCAGGAUGGACCGAGCUCUCUUUCAGUUUACGCCCUGCGGUUGGGACCGGGAGAAGAAAUAGUCACAUCAUUGUUUAAAUUCGUGCAGGAGAAGAAUCUAAGAGCGCCGUUUGUUAUUACUUGUGUGGGCAGCGUCACCAAAGCAACACUUAGACUGGCAAAUGCGGAGGCGCAGAAUACCAAUGAGAUAAUACAUUUAAAAGAGAGACUUGAAAUAGUUUCUUUAGUGGGAACAUUGAAUGAAGAUGCACACCUCCACAUCUCUCUUUCUGACAAGGAUGGGAAGACCAUCGGUGGCCAUGCUAUGGGAGAUCUGGAAGUCUUCACUACUGCAGAAAUAGUGAUUGGAGAGCUCAGUGAUCUUCAAUUCACUCGGGAGAUGGAUGAACGCACAGGCUUCCCAGAGCUCGUCAUUAGGCCUCGUUCGGAAAAUACUACCUCUGCCUAGCUUCUAAAUUACGUGCCAUUUUUUGUACAAAACAAGAGAAUGAGAUAAAUUUGCCUUGGAACAUG